AUGGCGUUGAUACGAGUUAUAAAGUGGGAUACGAGUGUGACGAGAGCGCAAGAGCAUCUCGUGGGCAAUGCUCAGACGCUGUGCCACUUGCUACUCUUCCUGAGGUUUAUAUACGACGAUUCGGUCCUCUUGUACGUGCUCGGGCUGCUUCUGCUUCAGGUAGGCCACUUCGUCGACUCCAUCGUCAAGAACCAGACGGUCGUGACGCCUGCUGCAAGCACAGAGACGGGGGACAGCAACAACAACAGCAGCAGUGUUGCUGCAGGGAUCGUUUUGAAGCUGUUGAAAGUGUUCCAACUUGGAGUGGUACUCCAAGCGGGUUUCUCAUUAUGGAUCCACACUCACGUCCCAAUUCCAGCUGCCGAUGGGGACCCCCGUGGUAGUGGUUCACUGCAUCACACCCUGUUCACGUUUCUCAUCGAUGAGUUUAGUAGCAGGGGGACGUUGUGGUUCAAGAUGCACGUCCUUGUCCUCGUGUUCGACUUGUUCGUCCUACUGUUGCAGCUGCUGCUCUUGUCGCUGGCCUUCAAGAACGCUAUGCACAGCAGCAGUGGCGACACUGUUGGACUGUUUCCGCAACCCUGGUGCUCCCAGAUGCACCACGAGUAUGGCGUCUUGGGGCUGCUCAGACAGAACCUGUACUGCUGCACCGCCCCCGAGGGGGUUCCCAAUGCAACUGCAGAAACGUACAACUACAACUAUGGCACCGUCCAUGGGUAG